AUGGUCUCGAGUAACGGUGUGACUGGGGUGCUCGGCGAAGAUGGCAUCCACGUCGACAUGAAUCACCUGAAGAGUGGAGAGGUCAAUAACUCAGAGCUCUCGCCAGUCGCCGCUCAUUUCGAAAUUCCUCUGACGAAGAAUAGCAUGGCAAUCAACUUCAAGGACGGUGUCAUUCUGGGUGCUGAUAGUCGAACAACAACCGGAGCAUACAUUGCCAACCGAGUCACAGACAAAUUGACCCAGGUCCACGAUACCAUCUGGUGCUGUCGAUCGGGUUCUGCGGCCGAUACCCAGGCUGUUGCUGAUAUUGUCUCCUACCAUCUCAAUAUGUACGGUGUCGUCAACAAUGAAGCUCCCAGCACGCAAGUGGCAGCAUCUCUUUUCCAGGAAUUGUGUUAUGAGAACAAGGAUGCCCUAAGGUUCGACAACCCCAAUUGGCAAGACCCAAUGAAAGUUCUGAAACUGAUGCAUCUUCAAACAGUGCCGGUAUACUCGAUUCCGCUGGGCGGGUCCCUCCACAAGCAGCCCUUUGCGAUUGGUGGCUCCGGAUCAACCUACAUCUACGGCUAUACUGACGCGCACUGGCGCGAGCAGAUGACAGAGCAAGAAGGUAUCGAUUUCGUGCGCAGCGCAUUGCAAGAGGCAAUCAAGUGGGAUGGUAGCUCCGGCGGUGUGAUCCGACUGGUGGUUCUGACCAAGAAGGGUGCUGUGCGGCACUUGUACCUACCAGACACUAACUACACUGGGCCCGGUGUGACGAAUUAA